AUGUGCUGGCGGGAUUGUUACCCGCAUGUUUUAUAUUUGCGCCGUGUGCUCCCUCUGGGUUUGAUUUGGCUUACCUUUCCACUUUUGCGAUAUUGUAUUAUAUUACAUGUUUUCCACAUACAAAAAAAAAAAAAAAAAAACAUUCAAAGGGAAAUGGGAGAACCAAUGAUUCCAUUUGCUUCAGUUGAGAAUAAAACUGAGCAUGUUGAGGCGAUGGAGGAGGAGCAAGUGGUUCAGUAUUUGGCAAGGGAGGAAAUUCCGCGUGGUUACCUCCAUUUGGGCAUUCGCGGAAUCCUUGACGUAGUUUGCCAGAGAACAGUAGUUUUGAUUGCUCUCUUGUUAAUCCAGUCUUUGUCUCAGUUUAUACUUGAGUUGUACGAGGUACUUAUUUCUCACCACGUCAUAAUUCCCAUGUUUCUUACAAUGCUUGUAGGCGCCGGAGGUAAUGCAGGUAAUCAGUCUGCGGUGCGAUGUAUCACUGGUUUGACAACGCGUGAAUUUCGAAGACGUGAUUUUUUUUUGGUGCUUCAAAAGGAAGUUGCUUGUGGCUUCAUCAUUUCUUCGUUGCUGACCCUAGUAGGCUUCGCUAGGGUUUACUACUUCUACGGGGCCCAGUUCUACUCAACAAUUGCCAUAUCGCUUUCGCUGUUUUUUGUCAUGAUAACUUCUGUUCUGUUUGGGACGACAUUACCCUUUUUGUUUCAGGCGGUUGGGAUUAAUAAAGAACACGCGGCACCUUGCAUUCAAGUAUUAAUGGACAUUACAGGUGUCUUCAUCACUUGCUUUUUUUGCUCCCUCGUUAUUCCCCCGACUGAGGGUGGAGGAAACAGUGUCAGGACGUGA